UAUAUUUUAUGGACUCUUAAUACGAGGAGGGAGAAAUAAUGACUCAGAAGAGCGAUAAACUAGAACGUAUAAAUAGUGAAUCCUCUUUACGCUCUCUUGUAAUUUCCUAAAUUUAUUUAUAGAGUGACACAAAUGGGGAUGAUAGAGUGCGUAAAUUCUAAUAAGAAAAUACGAGUUCUUUUUCUUAUGACUGCGCCAUCUUUAAUUUUUUAGGCCAUUGUACACAAGUUGGUUGCAAGUAUUUCUAUUUAUAUUUUUUUAGAAAAAGACAUAUCUUAUUAUAAGAUGGAUUAGAAUAAUUCAUCACUGAGAAUAUGCAAUUAUUGAAUUAAUUGAUUAAUAGUGGUUAAAAAAUUAGAGUUCCUAUUGAAAGGAUAUUAAAUAGAGAAAUUCUCAAUUCAAAACACCAAGUAAUCAAACCUAAAGUUAUAAUUAAUUACAAUCAAGAACUCUGUGAAAAUUAUAAAAGAGCCUUAACUCAUAAAUUAAGAAAAGAUAUUGAUAAAAUGGAAGAUAAACUCAAAACCAUUUCCUAUCUCAAGAAAUGGGUGAGACACAAUUUCGUAGAUGCUAGAGAUUUUAGUGAAUUGUACUAUUCUCUAAAUUCUACAUAAUAAAUACAUUUUAUGAACUUUUUUAAAGUUCUUGAGUUAUAGCCACCCUCGUUUCAAUGAUCA